GCAUACGCAACUGGUCUUCUGUGCGCUCGCCGUGCGUUGACCAAGCUGGGUCUUGCCGAUAAAUACGAGGGUGUCGCGGAGCCUGACGGUUCCUUGACGUUGACUGAGGCAUUAGAUGAUGAAGAUGCUCCACGACCCUUCAAGUGCUACCUUGAUGUUGGUCUUAAACGCACUUCUACUGGCCACCGCGUUUUCGGCGCAAUGAAGGGUGCAAGUGACGGUGGUAUAUUCAUUCCCCACUCCGACAAGCGUUUCCCUGGGUACGACCCAGAGAGCAAGAGCCUCGAUAGUGAAGUGCUCAAGAAGUACAUAUUUGGUGGCCACGUUGCUGAGUACAUGGAGUCGCUCGAGGAGGAAGAUGACGAGCGCUUCAAGAAGCAAUUUUCCUCGUAUCUCGCAGAUGAUAUCGGUUCAGAAGAUAUCGAGGAAAUUUACACUAACGCGUAUGCUGCCAUUCGUGAGGACCCCACCUUCCGACCUACGGAGAAGACCAAGGACUGGAAGGCAGAGACCCUGAAGUACAAGAAGUCCAAACUCACGCUGGAGGAACGCAGAGCUCGUAUCCAGGCAAAGAUCGAGGCCUUCAAGGCUUCAGGAGGCGAGGCUGCAGCUGCCGAGGACGACGACGACGACGAGUAA